AGACACGCAGCCGCCGGGCCCCGGGCCGCUCCGACGCCGCCGGGGCGCGUGCCAGCGCCCCCCGACCGCCCGACGGCCGUCGACCAGCGGCCGCGCCCCCCUCUCCCCCGCCCCCGCAGGAUGCCGGUGAAGGCGGAGAGCCCGGCGCCCGCGGCGGAGGACGAACUGCUGCUGCUGCGCCUCGCCUCGCCCGCCCCCUCGGCCUCGCUGCCGUCCAGCGCCGGCGAGGAGGACGAGGACGAGGAGGACGGGCGGCCGCGGCGGCUGCAGGAGGGCGCUCGGCGGGCGGGGCGGCAGCGAGGGCCCCCGCGGGCGGCGCGCACGGCGGAGACGGCGCAGCGCAUCAAGCGGAGCCGGCGGCUGAAAGCCAACAACCGCGAGCGCAACCGCAUGCACAACCUGAACGCGGCGCUGGACGCGCUGCGCGACGUGCUGCCCACCUUCCCCGAGGACGCCAAGCUCACCAAGAUCGAGACGCUGCGCUUCGCCCACAACUACAUCUGGGCGCUCACCGAGACGCUGCGCCUGGCCGGGGCCGCCCGCCUGGGGGGCGCCGCCGACGCCGCGCCCGGGGCGGCCGCCGAGGGCAGCCCCUCGCCCGCCUCGUCGUGGAGCGGCGGCGCCAGCCCCGCGCCCUCCGCCUCGCCCUACGCCUGCACUUUAUCGCCCGGCAGCCCCGCCGGCUCCGCCUCGGACGCCGAGCACUGGCCGCCCCCGCGGGGCCGCUUCGCCCCGCCGCCGCCGCCCCACCGCUGCCUCUAACGCGGCCCGGGCGGCCCUCGCUCCUCCGACGUGCACUUUGCCCGGCUCUGCCCCUCGCCGCUCCGCAGCUGUCUCCGUGAUUUACGAGGGGGGAGCGGAGAAAAAAAAAAACAAGUUAAAAAAAAGAAGAAGAAAAAGUUGUGUUGUUAGGGGUCCAGGUUAGAAGUCAUUGUAUAAUUUGUAGGCUUUGUCAGGGCUGAAUGCAAGCGUGGAAAUUUAGGCUGAACUCUCUAUCAAAAGGAAAAACUGUAGAGGGAAGGGAAGGGGUGGGUGGGAGGGAGGAGCGCCUCAUGCAUUAUUUAUUUCGACCUUUAGGGGACGAGGAACUCCCCCCUUCUUUCAGGAGAUUAAAAAUAAAUCAACGGACUGAAAACCCAAACAGACACGGGACAUUACAGCGAUCCGCCACACACGUGUUCACAUUUAUUUAUUAUAAAGAAAGAUUUCAUGGAAAAGAUGUAUUUUUUUGUAUAAUUUACAGAGUCUAUUCUAGUAUGUAUUUACGGCUGAAGAGCAAAGGGAUUGUUCUCCUCAUAAAGUAUAAAUAAAAUAUCUAAUUUUCAUAA